AUGACCGCCGAUCUAAUGGAUUUACGGAUGCACCAUCACCUAGCGCUCCAGACGGAGUUCUACCGGAUGCAGAUGCAGCGUUUGCCCGAUCCAUAUCCGGCGAUGCUACCGGUACCGCCGCCCCGUCCACUGAUGAUACCGCCGCGCUACAACACCCUGCCGGAUGUGGACAUCAAGCUGCAGAACCGCGAUCUCUGGAGCCAGUUCCACAAGAUCGGCACCGAGAUGAUCAUCACCAAGAGUGGCCGACGUAUGUUUCCGUCGAUGCGACUGUCCGUGAACGGGCUGGAAGCGGAAGAGAACUACUUCAUCCUGCUGGAGAUGGUCCCGAUCAGUGACUGCCGGUUCAAGUUCAGCGGCUCCCAGUGGGUACCGGCGGGUGGUGCCGAACCCCAGAGCCCCCAGCGCAUCUAUUUCCAUCCCGAUGGGCCAGCCCUCGGUUCCCACUGGACCUCGCAGCCGAUCGUCUUCAACAAGGUGAAGCUCACCAACAACACCCUGGACAGCAAUGGACAUAUCGUUCUGACCAGUAUGCACAAAUAUCAACCUCGUAUUCACGUCAUCAAAGCCUCAGAUGCUACCCAAAUUCCGUGGGCUCCACAACAAGCUUUCACUUUCCCCGAGACGGAAUUCGUCGCUGUAACUGCUUAUCAGAAUGAUCGCAUCACGAAACUGAAGAUCGACAACAAUCCAUUCGCGAAAGCUUUCCGGGAGACGGGUCAGUCCCGUUGCAAGCGCAAGGCAGGGCUGCUGAUGUCGCCAGACUCCGGACUUGGCAAUCGCAGCUCGGAAGAGGACGAUGAGUCUGAUGGGCAGGAAAUGGGCCCGGAAGCGAAGCGUCCUCGCACGUCCAGCCUUGCCGGUUCCUUGUCCUCCUUGGACGACAGUGAACUCUCCGUCAGUGAUGGUUCGUCCAGCGGCACGAGCUCUCCGGUGGUGGUGGAUGAUUUCGGAUCUCCGGUUCGUCCUUCACCCGCGUCGAUGGCUGCGAGCGCAUUCUACCAGAACCAUCACCCGGGCAUGGCUGUGCACGCGGGACUGCUGGCCGCGCACCAUCCGCACCAUCUCCCGCAUGCCCACCCGAUGCUGCAGCAACCCGGCGCAGGUUCGUGGAUGGAUCUGAUGUUUCCUUCGUUCGCCCGAUCACAGACAGCCGGAUCACCCGGCCUCGAACCAAGUGCCCUCGUCCAGGCGGCUCACCAGCUGCAGCAGUUUGCGCGCCGUGAGUUCCUUCCAAUUCCCGUACCAUCAGCGCGCACCGCCUUCAACAGCAGCGAGGAGGAAAGCCCAAGCCGAAAGCAGCAGCUUCCACAGCAUCAGUUGCCCUUCAGCAUCUCCGCCAUUCUUGGGCACGAUCGGUAG